UCGCCUCCUCAGUGCGACGCAGACGGCAGCUUCCUGCCCGUUCAGUGUAAAUUCAUCAACACGACCGACAGAACGGAGCUGGACCUGCUGCUGGCCUUCAGCAGCUCUCCAGAGGCGUUUGAGACCUUCAGGAAUUUCAGGACGUUUUUCCCGCUCGUCUCCUCGUACUGCUUCUGCUCAGACAGCCGCGGCAGGGAGCUGCAGGGGACAGUCUUUGGUUUGACGAGCGCCGUGUGUCUGUCUCCAGGGAAACGGCGCUGGCUGAUGACCCCCAGGCUGGAAGGCGUCUGUCUCCUCGCUAGGAACAGCGGCGGCUGCAGGAAGCCGUCCGUUGUCUGGUUCCACGACGCCCGGACCGGCCGCUGCGCCCGCUUCCUGUACAACGGCUGCGGCGGCAACCAGAACCGCUUCCGGACCCGCGAGCGGUGCGAGGAGAUGUGUCCGUCUCCCUGUGAGGAGGAGCGGCGGGCGGCGCUGGAGUCGUCCAGCGUCUUCGUCCCGUCCUGUGAAGCUGACGGUGGCUUCAGCGCGAAGCAGUGCCAGCAGGGGGCGCUGUGCUGGUGCGUGGACCCCGCAGGGAGGGAGCGUACCGGGACGCGGCGGCCCGGAGACGGCCUGGUCUGUGGUUCUGGUCCAGCUGACUGCCCCGCCCAGCGCCGUCUGGCUCUGUCCCGGCUCUUCUCGGGUCCGGUCCGUCCCCCUCAAGCGUCCUCUGGCUCAGCAACUUCAUGUUUGUCCCUCCUGCGUCCUCUCAGGGCUCUGGGGUAUUCGGACCCGACCUCCUUCCUUCCCCGGCUGGUUGAGGUUCUGCAGGGUCUCUUCCCCUCAGUGGGCGGAGCUCUGGAGGCGCUGACCCGCUCCCCGGCCCAGCGCCUCCAGGAGAACCUGUUUGGAGGGAAGUUCCUGCAGAACGCGGCGGCCUUUAACUACACCGGGGUGCUGGGACCUCGAGGAGCCGUGGGGGUGGACCAGCUGUCCGCUCAGAGCCUGCAGGAGAACCGGGACCUGGUCCGGGCCGUGAGCCGGGCCCUGGAAGAUCCCGCCUUCCUGUCCGCCCUGAGGCAAACGCUGAUGGCUCUCAGCGGCGCCCCCUCUGGUUCACUGCAGCAGGUCCUGGCUGGAGUUCUGAGGUCCUGCUCUGAGGAAGAGGACGACUCUUUGUCCCUCUUCGUCCCCCGCUGCUCGCCCAGCGGAGGCUACCAGCCGGUCCAGUGUCGGGACGCGGAGUGCUGGUGCGUCAACCCGCAGGGUCAGGAGGCGCCGGGGUCACGGACCGCCGGCCAGCCGCCGCGCUGCCCGACCAGCUGCGAGACGUCCAGAGCCACGGCCAUGAAGGUGAAAUCCAACAUGGCCGCCGGAGCCGAGAUCCACAUUCCGGCGUGUUCAGAGGACGGAGACUUCCUGCCACUUCAGUGCGUCGGAGGUCGCUGCUUCUGCGUGGACGMSGAGGGGAGGAAGAUGGCUGCAGGGCCAACAGGGGGCGCUGUCACAUGUCCAGAGAAUAAAACGCUGAAGCUUCAGUCAGGUCGCUGCUCCAAGGCGCUCGCUGAGGUCACAGCAUUCAGACAGGAAGUGGACAGCCUCGUCUUCCUCUCUAACUCCACCCACUUCCCUGUGGGAUACGGCUUUCUAUUGGCCAGAGGUCUGAGUCUGAGCCAAUCAGAGGAGGAGCUGCAGCUCAGCCAAUCAGAGGAGCUGAAGGUGUCAGAGAGGCUGCUUAGUCGCUCCAGGUCUGCGCUGCGAUUGGCUGCUUCCUCCACUCUUCUGAUGCUGCUUCCUCCUGAUCGUCGCUCCCACCAGCUCUUCACUCCACAGUGUGACGCCGCCGGAAACUGGAGGCUCACGCAGUGUCACCACAGCACAGGUCAGUGCUGGUGUGUGGAUGAAGAAGGAGAGUUCAUCCCCGGGUCUCUGCGCCGCUCGCUCCGUCUGCCGCGCUGUCGGAGUCGCUGCCAGAGAGCAGAGGCUCACUCUCUGCUCUCUGAUUGGAUGAAAGCCUCUGACAUCACCGCCGCCUCGCCUCACCACCCGCAGUGUGAGCAGGACGGCCGUUUCUCUGUGCUGCAGACAGGGGGCGCUUCAGGCUGGUGCGUGAACCCGCUGACAGGAGAGACGCUGCAGACGGCGUCCCGGAGCGCCGCCGGACAGCUCACCUGUCCCAGCUGGUGUGAGCUGCAGCGGCUCCGCUGUCGCCCUGACGGCUCCUUCGACCCAAUGCAGUGUGAUGUCACUUCCUGUUGGUGCGUUUCUGAGGACGGACAGGAAGUGGCCGGGACCCGAUCGCUGCGACAAACGGGACGCACGCCGUCGUGUGACCGUCCUCUUUGUCCCGCCCCCAACAUUACCCAUGGUGCACUGGUGUGCCAUCCAGCGGCUGAUGGUCGGCAGAGCUGUGACCUCGUCUGUCACCAUGGUUACCAGAACUCCCUUCCUGUUAGCAGCUUCCUGUGUAGCGUUACGAGUCGCCAAUGGGACGAAGAAGACAGACCUUUGAGUGGAGCCUGUCAGAUCUCCCAGCCCCUCCAGUCUUUGUCUUCCUCUCAGAUCUGGUCUCUCUCCGUCUCUUGCUCUCGUAUCAGCGGUUUGUCGUCUCUGCUGUUCAGCCUCCUGGCCAGCAGGGGGCUCUGCUCUGCUCAGCUCCCGUCGGGUCGGUCCGUGGCGCUGUGUGGCGACUCGGCGGUGGGUCUGUGGUGCGACGCCGGCGACUCAGCGAGGCUCACUCUGCGCUGGACCGCCGACCUCUCCGACCUCACGACCUCUGACCUCCCUCACCUCCAUCACAUGGUGAUAUUCCUGAAUGAAUCCAGACUUUUGGAAGGAGUUCAGGGAAUUCUGGGUGAUCUCCGCUCCAUGCUGACCUCUGACCCCGAACUGGUCUCGGUGGCGCCGCCAACCUUUGGCUGUUCCCAUGGUUACCGGCUGUCCAGCGACGGCGCAGGCUGCGUCGUCUGUCCCGCCGGCAGCUUCUACCAGCAGGGGGCGUGUCUGCUCUGCCCUCAGGGAACCUAUCAGGAGCUAGAGGGGCGGGGCUUCUGCACCAGGUGUCCCAGAGGCUCCUCCCCUGCAGGCGCUUCAGCAGCCAAUCAGUGUGAGACGGACUGCGAGAGGCGGGGCCUGCGCUGUUCGCAGCGCGGCGACUUCCUGCCGGCUCAGCCCAACUUCCUGUCUGGGGGCUGGAGGUGUGUCAGCAGCGAAGGGGCGGAGCUUGAGUGGACGAGCAGGGAAGAGCGUCUGACGGAUGAGGAGUGCUCAGUUCUCAGCCGGUUCCAGGCRGUUCCCGGGUCGGACCUGAUGGUCGAGUCUGGAGACACGGAUGUACUGAGGACCAUGACUUCUGACCUCUCUGCCUGUCUCCAUGCAUGUGCAGUGGACCCGUCCUGCCACCAUGUGGCGCUGUUCGACAGGCCGACCCGCUGUGACCUGUACAGCUCUCUGAAUGCYGUCUGCAGCGCCUCCCAGCAGGCCAGGGGGUUUCUGGGUAAUCCUCGGGCCGAGCGGUUCCACCAGCUGCGCUGCUCUCUGAGGGUGAGGGGCGGAGCUUCAGAUCUGCUCGUCCUCAGGAAGAACGGGGCGGAGCUUCAGCAGCAGAGUUUUGUGAGGAUGAGGAUGAGGAAGGCGGUCUCAGGUGUGUUCAGGACUCAGGUGUUCUCCUCCAGGAACACGUCUCUGUCCGACGCGCGCCGGUUCUGCCAGGACGGCUGCGGCCGCGACGCCUGCUGCCGCGGGUUCAUCCUCAACCAGAACGUCCUGGAUGGAGGCUCCCUGCUGUGCGGCUGGCUGAGAGCGCCGUCGGUUCUGAUGUGUGAGGACGGGGACUGGGACGUGAUUGGCCAGGGACCGGCCARUAGGAUCUGUGGGGCGGGGCUUAGCUACAGCGAGCAGCAGCGCAGCUUCGAGUUCGACUUUGGCGGAGAAAAGUUCAGCAUCACUGACGGCGCUCUGCCCGGCGACAGCAGGAACAGGAAGGACUACCAGGCCGCCAUCAUCAGCUUCCAGGCCAUCUACCUGAACACAGCUGCAGCCGCCGGUGGUUCUGGAUCGGCGUCCUGCGGCGCAGCAGAGGUUCCGGCUCCACUGAACGGUUCGAUCCGCUCUGAUGAUGACGAAGAUUGUGUUUCAGGUUGUGAUGAAGAGGAGCGGUGUUCCGUCGCCGACCUCGGAGAGUCUGAGUCGGACCGUUUCUUCCGCUGCGCCUUGUAUCCGGACACCAGAGUCUGCGGCGGCUACGACCAGCCRAUCAGACGCGCCUGUCGCCCCCUGCUGGACAGAGCGACCAACAACACCUACAGCAAGAAGGUGGAUCUGAGCGGACCAGUCCAGAGUUUUUAUGAGCGGGUUCCCUUCCAGAAGAUGGUGUCAUACUCUGUGAGGAACCGGGUCAGGCUGGGACAGAACCAGCUGCUGGCUGACGGGUUCAGGGAGUGCGAGCGCCGCUGCGACCAGGACGCCUGUUGCCGUGGUUUCGGGUUUGUCCAUGAGACCAAAUCAAGAGGUAAAACCAGCCGAGGUGAAGACGAGCAGAAUCAGGCCUUCAUCCCUGAAUCUGUUUCAGUCUCCAUGGACGACUGGCGGCUCCUCUCAGAGUCUUCGCUCCUGAUUGACGCGUCUCUCUCUACGUAUGAUGUCAUCCACGUGAGCCGUGACAUCGACACUGACCGGGAAAGGACCAGGGACUGGUGUCUCCAUGCCUGCCAGGAGGCGGAGUCUUGUGUUGCCGUGUCACUCAGGGAGGCGGAGUCAGCGGUCCGCUGCAUCCUGUACCCUGACACCACGACCUGCGGGCUAAGCUCCGCCCCAGACUCCCUUAGCCCCGCCUCCUCCUGCCGCCUGGUGGUGAAAGAGCCCGCCCCCCAGGUCUACCUGAGGACAGAGCGAUCGCCGCAGGCUGCGUCCGUCUCCGUUCCGGGUCACGGGACGCUGCAGGGCGUCGCCAUGGAAACAGCGGUCGGCUCAGACAGGAGGACGGUGAUCCGGUUCCUCGGAGUCCCGUACGCUCGUCCACCAAUAGGAGCGCUCCGCUUCGAGGCAGCGCAGCCGGCCGAUUGGACGGGAACUUGGGACGCCACCAAGCCCAGGCCCAGCUGCGUUCAGCCCGGCGACGAUGAGGACUCGGCUUCCAGCGAGGAUUGUCUCUACCUGAACAUCUUCACGCCCGCUGCCCAGCAGAGAGGCCGAGUCCCGGUCCUCGUUUACUUCUUCAACCCUCCAGCCAACCAGAACCAGAACCUGCUGGACGGCUCCGCCCUCGCUGCUCUGGGGAACGUCGUCGUGGUAACGGCCAGCUACCGUACGGCAGCGCUGGGAUUCCUGACUGCAGGUGGUCUCCAUGGUAACUACGGCCUGUCGGACCAGGAGGCGGCGCUGCGCUGGGUCCACGCCCACAUCUCCCUGGUGGGCGGAGACAGCGGGAGCGUGACGGUGGGGGCGGAGCGGCGCGGCGCCGACAUCAGCAGCCUGACUCUGCUGUCCUCUUCGCCUCCGUUCCACAGAAUGAUCCUGAUGGGAGGUUCUGUUUUCUCUCCGUCUUUGGUCCAAACUGCUUCGGCCGGCAGACGUCAAGCCGUGGAUUUGGCUGGAGAGCUUGGCUGCAUGACCUCUGACCUCUCUGAGGACGGCCCUAUGGUGGCUUGCCUCAGAUCGACUCCGGUCCACARGCUGAACGCGGCUCAGACGAAGCUGCUGGCGGUCAGCGGGCCGUUCCAGUCCUGGGCUCCGGUCCGCAGGUCCGAGUCCGAGUCCAGGUCCUUCCACAGAGUGGACCUGAUGCUGGGCACAUCAGAACACGAYGGCCUGAUCAGCAGAGCACGCAGGAUAAAGGACUUCGAGGCUCUCCGGGGUCGAGGCGACGGGAAGACGGCGUUCUACGAGGCCCUGAGUCGUUCUCUGGGCGGAGCCUCGGGAGACGCGCUGCUGAAGGACGCGGCGUCCUGGUUCUACUCUCUGGACCACGAGCCGUCAGCUGCUGGCUACAACCUGUUCUCCAGAGCGCUCAACAACGCCACCAGGGAUCUGUUCAUCAUCUGUCCCACGGUGCAGAUGGCUCUCCACUGGGCCGCCAGCGGCGCCAACGUCUUCCAGUACCACCAGCCCGCCUCCAGCRCUCAGGACAGAGCCGAUGUUUCGGUUCCUCUGGACGUUCAGUUCCUGUUUGGGAUUCCCCUCCAGCCAAUGAGCUCUCAGCGUUUCACCUCGUCUGACCGGCGCCUCUCAUUGGCUGUGAUGACCUACGCCUCCAGCUUCAUACGGACCGGGAACCCAAACCCGUCCCGUGUGUGGGCGGAGUCAGCUCUGCCCCGCUGGCAGCCGGUCACCGCUGAGGCUCCGCCCACCUACCUGGAGCUAAGCCCCGCCCUCCAGCAUCAGCAGGGCCUGAGGCAGAACGCCUGCUCCUUCUGGAGGGAACUGGGAACCAGACUGACCAGUGACUUGGGGGCGGAGCCUGUCCAAACCCCAGAGCUCCCAUUGGCUGCACCAUCCAGCCAAUCACAGACCAGCAAGGACUCCUACAACUGAUGACAUCAUCAACAUGGAAACCCUCACACAUAUUUCCCAUAAUGCACUUUGAUUCAUGAGUUUCUGCUGAUCAUUUUUUCCCCAAUAA